GUGUUUUUCUGUGUGUUCAUUUAUUAAUUUGAUUUGAUUUGAUUGAACAGAUAUCAAUUACUACAUAUUAUAAAAAACAAAAAAGAAAAUACACACAAUACACACAGAGAGAACAUGAGGCCACCGAAGAGGCCGAUCCACGUGAUAUCUACAUGGGUCCGGCGACAACCGCCGAAGGUGAAAGCUUUUCUGGCCGUCGUGGCCGGAAUGUCUGCAUUGGUUGUACUGAGAGCCAUCGUUCACGAUCAUGAUAAUCUUUUUGUUGCAGCCGAAGCUGUUCAUUCUAUUGGUAUCUCUCUUCUUAUUUAUAAAAUCAUGAAGGAGAAAACUUGUGCAGGGCUGUCACUCAAAUCGCAGGAACUAACAGCAUUGUUUUUGGCUGUUAGACUGUAUUGCAGUUUCGUCAUGGAAUAUGAUAUACACACCUUGCUUGAUUUAGCUACAUUAGGUGCUACCAUGUGGGUCAUUUAUAUGAUGCGUCAUAAACUGCGAUCAAGUUAUAUGGAGGAAAAAGAUAACUUUGAAAUACAUUACGUGGUGGCUCCUUGUGCGGUAUUAGCUCUGUUGAUUCAUCCAUCUACAUCGCAUCAUGUUAUCAAUAGAAUCUUUUGGGGGUUCUGUGUGUAUCUAGAAUCUGUUUCUGUUUUACCCCAGUUGCGGGUCAUGCAAAAUACAAAGAUUGUAGAACCUUUCACAGCUCAUUAUGUGUUUGCUUUGGGUGUUGCGAGGUUCUUGAGCUGUGCUCACUGGGUUCUCCAGGUUUUGGACACUCGUGGCCAUCUGCUUACUGCCCUAGGAUAUGGACUCUGGCCUUCCAUGGUUCUUAUUUCAGAAGUUGUUCAAACAUUCAUAUUAGCAGACUUUUGUUAUUACUAUGUAUUAAGCGUCUUUGGGGGACAACUUGUGUUGCGCCUUCCAUCUGGAGUCGUCUAACGCAGGAUGUGAUUCGUCAGAAAGUUAGCUCAGAAUGGUGGUUUACUCUUUACGAGCAAUAUUUAUAUUUUAGCACUCCACAGAGUCCAUGUUACCUGAGGGUGGUUACACCGUAUGUUGACUGAAAAAUCAAUUACAUGGAGGGUAUGUAAAGAUGGUGUGGGAUGUUAAUGGAAAUCUAAUGUAUCUGAUGUUUAUCUGAAUUCGUAUAACUUGACCUUGUUGUGCCAAUCUAGAUGAGCUAAUUUUACAAUUUA